GGCGACGGCGGCGACGGCGGCGGCAGCGGCGAGGGAACGAUGGUGCUGAUUAAGGAAUUCCGUGUGGUUUUACCGUGUUCAGUUCAAGAGUACCAGGUUGGACAACUUUACUCUGUGGCUGAAGCCAGUAAAAAUGAAACAGGCGGUGGAGAAGGCAUUGAAGUCUUAACGAAUGAACCUUAUGAGAAGGAUGGAGAGAAGGGGCAGUAUACACACAAGAUUUACCACUUAAAGAGUAAAGUUCCUGGAUUUGUCAGGAUGCUUGCUCCUGAGGGCUCUUUGGUAUUUCAUGAGAAAGCCUGGAAUGCAUAUCCCUACUGUAGAACAAUUGUGACGAACGAAUAUAUGAAAGACGACUUCUUCAUAAAAAUUGAAACCUGGCACAAACCAGACUUGGGAACAAUAGAAAAUGUACAUAAUUUAGAUCCUAACACGUGGAAGACAGUUGAAAUUGUCCAUAUCGAUAUUGCAGACCGAAGCCAAGUAGAACCUGCAGAUUAUAAAGCAGAUGAAGACCCAGCAUUAUUCCAGUCGGUGAAGACCAAGAGAGGACCUUUGGGACCCAACUGGAAGAAAGACCUGGCAAAUAACCAAGACUGUCCCCAAAUGUGUGCCUACAAGCUGGUCACCAUCAAAUUCAAGUGGUGGGGUCUGCAGAAUAAAGUAGAAAACUUUAUUCAAAAACAAGAAAAAAGAAUAUUUACCAACUUUCACCGCCAGCUCUUUUGUUGGAUCGAUAAGUGGAUCAACCUGACUAUGGAAGACAUUCGAAGGAUGGAAGAUGAGACCCAGAAAGAGCUCGAAGCUAUGCGUAAGAAGGGUUCCGUCCGAGGGACAACGGCUGCUGAUGUCUAGAUGAAUCUUCUGUAGGGUCAGAGGCCAUAUCAAGCUGUUUACGUAAUCAAGGUCAAGUGAGGGGAACCAGUGCUGCCCAUGAUGAAUGAGGAGGGAUCUGACCAGUAACUUGCAGUGUUGAUGUUUCACAGACAUGUGCGUGUGACGAUCUGUACACAUGUACCGCUCUCCAGACACGUGUGUAUAUAUGUAUAUGUGUGUGUGUAUCUGUAGCUGUCUAUAAGACGCAUGUGGAGCUAUAGAUACUCAUGCACGCACUUGUGUAUAUAUGUACAUACAUACAUACAUCUACUUAGGGGAUUAGUACAAUUUCUCCAGAGUACUGUACCUACAGCAAAAAUGCAAAGGAAAAUAUUUUCAUUAUAUAUACCUGAAGCAGAUUUUAAUAAUUAUCAGAGUAAUGCCAUUAAUGGAUGAAUUGACUACAAUGUAAUGCUAGCUGGUAUGUUUCAUGGAUGUCAAGUUGUGGACCAAUAUAUACUUUUUUGUUGUUCUCUUAAAUGUCUGUUAAAACUUUCUAUUUUAGUCUCAUGAGUAAACAGACUCCCAAAGCAAAAGUUUAUUCUGAAUUUUUUGUUUUCCCUCUGAUUCUGGAAUGUAAACUAUGAAUGUAUUUAUAGCUAUUUAUUUCUGGAUGGUCACGAUCUUACAGCCAACUUUGAGGAUUUCUAUGAGUAAGGAAUUGGCUAUAAUUUCAUUUGUACUUGCCCUUGAAGAAAAAAAAUCCUUAAAAAUUGUACCUGUUUUUAUUGGAUUUUUGUACAUUUAAAUUUCAAGUAUUUUUCUACAUCAGAAACUGGCAAAAAAAAAGUGGAGGGAAGACGCUGGCUUGUGAUUUAUAAUAAACACUCUAAAUGUUUCAGAGAGCCUGUUAGGCACAAAAGAAAUGGGUGAUAAUAGUAUUUAGUCUCAAUAAAAAAAUACUGUAGGCUCAUUAGAGAGGUUGGAAGUUUAGCACUUCCCUUGAAUCAAAUAUCUUGUGUCUGAAAUGACUAUUCUCUGAAAUUGCAUUUUGGAAACUAUGCAAAUGGCCUCGAUUUCUCACAACUUACACAAUGGAAUAUAAUGAUGACUUUUAGCUCUUUUCAUGUUGAAAAUACAUUUUAGAAGAGAGAUGUUCACUUUCAGAUAAGAUGAAAGUGUAGAGCUUGGCCAGCCACGGGUCUCUCCUCGUUCUGUCUGAAGACACGCUAUGAAGAUGAUGGUAUAAUUCCAACCCUUUUGUGGAUGGUCCUCAAAUCUUCAGGAUUUUUUUUAAGGAAAUACUCACCUGGAGCCUCUCUUAGAUAUCUAUUAAAAUGCUUGUUAGAUAGAAACAAAGAAGUUAUUUUAGGAUCAACACAUAAGUAAGAGUUUUUUGGCUUUUUUUUUUUAUUGGGUUUCUUUGUCAGAUUUCAACUUUUUUCUCCUCUCAGUCCUAGAAGCUUGUGUAGGACAAGGUUUUAAACCUUGAAAUUGAAAAUCAUGCUCUUUUCCACUUAAAACAUGCCCUCCUGCAGUAGAUGAAUCCUACCAGUCAUUUAAUUUGCAGAAGGCUCAGCUAGCUCCCUUGCAUCUCUCCACAGUGAUUUUUGUUCCUUAGUGAAAUGAUUGCCAUGAUACGGACAAGGGACGCUUUGCAUCAUGUUGUCCUGUUAGCCCCGCCCCAGCUCCACCUUCACACAUCUUCCGCGUACUCAGGGUGAACACGAUGUUUACUUUCUGUGCAUCGCUGGAAAAUAGGCUUGUCAAAGUGAAAUUGUUUUGUCUGAGGAGUGUUUGUUGCGAAGAGGAUUAUUACUGAUUGGUCAGGAUGAAGGGUCUGGCUCUUUCCAUUUCAUGGACUCGAUCCUCAUUGGCAUCUGCAGCAUCAUGGGGAGCGUGCACUCGAGUGGACAGGAGCACCCGACGCAUGGAUUUUAAUGAUUCACUGUGGAAAUUUGAGGGAUCGUAUAGUGACUGUAAAAUAACUUGUUUACUCGACAGUUUCUUGUGUAAAUUACAGUAAGGCAAAGUAAUUGAAAUUGGAACCGACAAUAAAUUUGAUCACAAAAUGCCA